AUGGGCGCGGGCGACUUGAAUAUGAAAAAGUCGUGGCACCCCCUCCUGCACAGCAACCAGGAAAAGGUCUGGUUGCAGGAGCAGGAGGCGGCGGCCGAACGCAAAAAACUCGAGGAACUGCGGAAGGAGCGCGAACAUGAACGCCAGAUGCAGGAGCUGCAGCGCAUCCACGAAGAGGCGGGUGGCAAGAAGCGCGUCGAGCGCGUGGAAUGGAUGUACAAUACCCCGGCGGCCAAGAGCGGGCCGAGCGAGGGAGAGCUCGAGGAUUAUUUGCUCGGAAAAAAACGCGUCGACAAGCUCUUGCAGGGCAACGAGGCCGAGCAGCUCUCGCGCACAGCGAAUAUCGGCGCAAAGGACGCGCCUAGCGCCAAUACGCAGCGCGAUAUGGCGGCAAAGAUCCGCGAGGAUCCACUGCUUGCGAUUAAGCAGCAGGAGCAGGCCGUGUACGAAAUGCUCAUGAAAGACCCCACGCGUCUGCGCCAAAUGCGCGCCAAGAUGGGCCUCGAGCCGGAGCGCAAGGAGCGCAAGCACAGGCAUAGGCACCGCGAUCAGGACGAGCGCCGCGAGGACAGGCAUCGCCACCGCGACGAACGGCGAUCGGAUUACGACCGCCGCGAUCGCGACUAUGACAGGCGCCACGACGACCACCAUCGCCACCGCCGCCGCGACGACCGCGAGCGCUACGACCGCCGCGAUGACCGUGAGCGCUACGAUCGUGGCGACGACCGUAGCGAGCGCUACGAACGUCGGGACGACCGCACGCCCCGCCGCACGCCCCGUGACGACCGCGACGGAUACCGCUCGCGCCCCGACGACUCGUACGACCGCGCUGCGCGCCGUGACCGUACCUAUACCCCCCGCGACACGCCGAGACAUACCCACGACGCACGCCCUUCUCGCCCUCGUUCGCGCUCGCCCCAGCGCCCUCGCAGCGACGCGGACCGUGAAGCAAAGCUAGCAGCUAUGAUGUCGGAUGCCAAGAAAAUGGACGACGAGCGCUCGGCACGCAUCCAAAAGAUCACGGCCGAAGAGCGAAGCACUCAGGCCGAAGAAGACCAGCGCCGCAACGACGCAUACGACCACAGCAAAUGGCGCGAGGGCGGCGGAACCGGCAAGGCUGCCUUUCUUGUCGACCAGCAACGCAGUCUCUGGGGCGAGCAGAGCGGCGGCAUGGACCUGCACGAGCGCCUGCGCCGCUCGCGCCACGGACUCGAACGCAUCGCCCCCGACGAAUAG